ACGAGUAAAACGAACCGAUGAAAUGAGGGUUGCUCGAUAGUGAAGACGCCAAGAAACAGCACAUUAAGAGUCAAAAUGGAGACGGAAGGGGAUCUUUCUGAGCAUACAGUAGAAAUAGUAAAUAUGAAUAACAUUCCACCAGUAAAUGGACAAUUAACAGAUGUUGAAGCUGAUAACAGACCUGAAGAUGAGUUUACUGAAACAACCUUAAUGUAUACCAAACACACGAAAAUUGAGGUCAAAGAUAUUUAUACAGAAAUUAGAGCAUUAAAAGACAUAGAAAGAUUUCUAGAGAGCCCGACAUUGUUGCUCAAUGUCCACGAAACAAGACUUGAAGAUAUCAUGGACGUGGUGUUAAAAACUUUGAUCACCAAGAAUGAAGGAAGUGGAAUAGAUCUGGUAACGGCAAGAGAGGCUUUCUUUACUAAGGAUUCUGUCCACCAUUUAUCGCAUGUCAUUCAAGGGACAGAGAAAUCCGAAGGAAGCGGCUGGGAAGAAACACAAUGCUGGCUUGUUGCUAUGGCUGAACUGUCUUCAGUCCAACAAAAUUAUGUGGCUAUCGCUAGAUUACGUCACGCCACUAACCUUGGAAGGACCCUACAGGGCACUCACCUUGCUGUCCUAAUUUUAUCACCCAGGAAAACGAAAAUGACCAAAAGCUCGCAUGAGACGGGACGAACCUUUGCAACUCUCCUGUCAGACAUAGAAAUCAGACAACAAUUGUUAGCAGCAGAGAACGAGGAAGAAUUCUUGAAAGUUCUAAUUGAAUAUAAGCAGUCUAUGGCAUCAGGAGAAUAUCAGAGAAAGAAAAAGUCCGCCAAAAGGAGAGCCUUGGCCGCCAGAACGUCUUCCUUCACACAUUCCGGAGCUGCUUCUUACCGUGAAACCCUAAGAGAGGAAGAAGUCAAAGAGGAGCCGAAAAUGUUUUCUUUUGGUCGUGGAAUCAAAGAUGAUUUUCUCAGACGAUUGCCAUUUUACGCCUCGGACUUUGUUGAUGGCGUGGUCGGGCACCGUACCCUACACAAGCUAGCAGCUACUGUCAUGUUCUUAUACUUUGCGUGUCUUCUCCCUUCUAUCGCGUUCGGAGUUCUCAAUAGCAAGAAUACAAAUGGAAAAAUAGGUGUUAAACAAGUCAUUAUUGCACAAACUGCUAGCGGCAUAUUGUAUUCACUCUUCUCUGGUCAGCCACUGAUUGUUCUACUUACAACAGCACCCCUGGCACUCUAUGUCAAAGUGAUGCACAGCAUAUGUGAAGACUUUAAUUUGGACUUCUACGACAUGUACACCAUGACUGGACUGUGGAAUUCUUUCUUUCUCAUACUGUAUUCAGUGUUUGGUGUGUCAAACAUAAUGAGAUGGUCUACGAGGUCGAUCAAUGAGAUAUUCGCCUUGUUUAUAUCAGUUGCGUUCGUAGUUGCGUCAAUAGAGAGUAUUUAUAAAGAAUACAACAAGCCUAACUGUGUUGGUGUGCCCUACAGUUCCUGUAGCCUGUGUCAACAGUCCAACAUAACCACAGACUCCAGCACAUGCAGAGCGUUUGGCAAUGAACAGUGUAUAUGUUCUAGAGAGGGCGGAACCCUGUAUAUACUCCUCAGCUGUGGUUGUGUAUUGAUGGGCGUUACUCUUUACAACUUUAAGAAAAGUCCUUUACUUGAUGCCAACAAGAGAGAAGCUCUUGCAGACUACGCACUUCCAAUGUCAGUGGUAUUUUUCUCGUUUGUUGGAUCAUUCGUCUUUAAAGACAUCACAAUGCAUAAAUUGGACUAUGAUACACCCAUCAAAUUCAUGAUUCCAGCAUUCUCUAGUCUGUCUGUUGGAGCAAUAUUUGGUGCUUGUGGGCUGGGUUUCUGCCUGUCGCUGUUGUUCUUUGUUGAACAGAACAUUGGUAGUGCCAUCGUAAAUAACCCAAGUAACAGGCUUAAGAAAGGGAGUGCCCAUCAUCUGGACCUCCUUGUGGUAGCAAUACUCAAUGGUGUGCUGUCCUUAUUUGGGUUGCCAUGGGUACACGCUGCUUUACCUCACUCACCCCUGCACGUCAGGGCGUUGGCUGAUGUCGAGGAGAGGGUUGACCAAGGUCAUGUUUUCGACACAAUCAUCAAAGUUCGUGAGAAUCGUUUAUCGAUAUUGAUAUCUCAUAUCAUGAUUGGUCUUUCAUUGCUUAUGAUACCCAUCCCACUGAAAUACAUUCCCACUGCUGUACUGGAUGGUCUAUUCCUGUUUGUCGCUAUCACUCCAUUGUCUAAUAACCAAAUGUUUGAGAGAUUUUUAUUGCUAGUUACUGAACAGUCAGCAUAUCCUCCCAAUCACUACAUCCGUCGAGUGCCGCAACGAAAGAUCCACAUCUACACUGGUAUACAGUUCCUACAGCUCGCCAUCGUUUGUGGAUUUGGGUUUUUAGGGUCUGCUUACACUAAAAUGUUUUUCCCUGUACUUCUUAUUUUACUUUUACCAGUAAGGCAUAUUCUGGUUCCAAAGCUUAUUGACCAUAAAUUCUUAGAUGCAAUGGAUGUCAAUCUUUGAUCCAUCGGUGUUGAGAGAAAGGACUGAAACAAUCCAAGCCAUUCACAUGGAGUUUUUAACCCUAAAAUAAAGAAAUAGAUUAAUAGUGUGAUUAAUUUGUGAUGCAUUACGGAAAUAAAUUAAAGUUUGGGUUAUUUUUUGCACUGA